AUGGUUAACGAAUUACAUUUGAAUUUUUUGAAAUUCUUUGCCAUAUUUGGCCUAGCGCCAUAUAUUAGAAAAAGGAGGCGCAGCCAACAACAGCAACGUCGACGACGACACCAACGACCAUGUCAGCAUCAGUACCCUCCGUACCCCUCCCAUUCGUAUUCACACAAUGUCAAUUAUCAUGUAAAUCAUGUUUGUGAUUUUGCAGUCGAUUUUGGCCCCAAUCAACAUUUGCGAUGGCAACAAAUUUACACCGGUGCGAUAAUUAUUCUCAAUCUAUGGUUAACCUUGUACGGUUUGGUCUUCUCGCCCUUUCAAGAUAAGACAGUAAUAUCGGAUUUGGUUAGUGUUAUUGUUUUUGUAAUACAAAUGCUGGUGAUAUAUGUGGUCCUUAUUGAAACGGCCUUGGGCUAUAAGGAACAUUUUACAUUUAUUGGAAGUAUCGAUAAGAUACAAGGCUUAAUGCAACACCUGCUACAAACACAACUAUGUGUGGAUGCCAUACGUCAUCGGCAAAGGCGUAAAUAUUUUCUCUACAUCUGUGUGGUCUAUGGCAGUUUGUUGGCCGUCAUGUUGGUCAUUUGUUUCAUCCGAUAUUCUGGCUAUUUUUGGCAUGCCAUAUUGGCCGUAUUAAUUAUUCGAACCCGUUGCCUGCAAAUGUUAAUUGCCUUGGAUUAUCUCUGCUACUACUUGGAACUAUUAAAUGACAAACUGAAAGCGGUAAUGUCUUGUAAAAUUGAGCGGAAUUAUAGCAUUCUUGAUGUAAACUAUCAUCAUUUGGAAUCCUAUGAAUAUAUGGAGAGCUUCAAAAUGGUCUAUGAUGAAAUAUAUAUUUUACAUAUAAUAUAUAACCGGAUAUUUGGCGUCUCAUUGGUGGGCAUUUUGACAGUUAUUGUAUUGGAUAUUAUAAUACAUGUUUACUGGUCUCUACUGACAAUUAUGAAUAUUUAUGCAAGAUAUUAUUUGUUUAUAACUGGAGGAACACUACUACCGCUGUGCACCAUAUUUUUUGUCCUAUGCUAUAACGGAGAUCGGUGUGAGAAGCGGUGCAACUUAAUAUUGAUCUCACUAAAAAGCCUCCUAAGAACAUCAUCAUCAAAAUUCUCCAAUCCCCGGAAUGUCACUGAAUACAAUUCGUUGCUGCAGGCAUUUAUAAUGCAAAUCUUACACAAUCCAAUACGAAUAAGUGCUAAUGAUUAUUUUACACUUAAUUUGAAAUUUGUUAUGGCGAUUGCUGCAAAUAUGGUCACAUACAUUGUCAUCCUACUACAAUUCCGUCAAAAUUCUUCAAAUUUAAUGCCGGAGGAUUUUAAUAUGACCUUAAAUUUUACGAAUGAUGUAUGCACAAAUUCAAGUAAUUUUAAUAACACAUGGAAUAACAAUUUGGAGUGA